CCCUCCCCCACCCUGCCCCUCCUGGGUCCACCUCAACUGUCUGAGCUGCACCCCAGCCUUACGCCUGCCCUCAGGAGUGGCCCAGCCUCUGAAGGCUCUUGUGAAUUAUGUCCUCCCCGAAGCAAGCCCUUCGAUGUCUCUGGGAGCCCUCUCUCCUGCCUUAUGUCUUUUAUUUUUAAUAUUUUGAGAGUAGUCUUAAAGACUCAGGCUGGCUGCAACUUCAUUCUGAAGCUCCUGUUCUUCUUCCGUUCACUUCCAAAACUUUGGGAUCACAGACUUUCACCACCAUGCCUGCUCCUCUUUCCCACCUUCAUUUACUAUUACCGUUUCCUGUACCUCCCCAGCCCUGGAUUUUCCACCUGUUAUUUCUAGUUUCUCAGAGCUCUCCAGUUGCUUAUAAUCUUGUUCCCAACUUAUAUUUUCUGUUGUUUUGUUCUUUUUGAGUCUUUUAUAUUCUAAGCUGACUUCAAAUUAAUGAUCUUCCUGCCUCAGUCAUCCAAAGAGAGAUGGAUAUAGGCAGGAUAUCAUGGACCCUCGGGGACCAGUCCCUCAGCCUUUCCAGCAGCUUCAGAAACCUGGCCGAAUUCGCCGUCGCAAGACCAGGAGGGAGCGAAAUAAGGCCCUGGUGAGCAGCCACAGGCCAUUGGCCCGUCAGGAUCCUCCCAUAUCCAGUCGGGAUCCAUGUGUGAUCCUCCAGGAUCCUGUGGCCUCUGCAGCCCCCAAGCUUGUUGUGAUAACUCAAGGCAGGUUGAGCCGGGAGCACCGGGGUCUCUUCAACCAUGAGGUGAAAUCCCUGGAUGUGGCCCGGCUGCUUAACAGAGGUGCCUUGGAAUCACAUACCCCUCAGCUACCAACCAAGCCCUCCUGCAGUCCAGUUGGAGUACAAGAACCAGACCUUCAGUCAAAAGGCAAGGAGAACAAGGUACCAGGAGGCUCAGGCCCAGGCCCACCAAAUUCUCCAGAUCUUCCUGUGUUGGGGCAAUUGCUGGAGGAGUUGCAGUACCAACUCAUUGUGCCACAAGCCUUUCCCAGGAGAAACCUAGUGCAGGAGUCCAGAGACACCAUCAUAAGAACCUUACAGGGCUGCCAUGGCUGUGUGCCUGAUCUUGCCCUGGUGCUCCGAGGUUGCCAGCUACCCUUGCCUGAGGCCAAACCGAGGGUCCCUGAGAGACAGAGGAUGGCAUCUUCUUGUAUGGAAGUUCCUGAGCAUGCUCCACGGGAGGGGAAGCAAAGGACUCAGCAGGCAACAAAGGGGUGUGACUUUGCCAUACCUCAUACUUGCAACAGCACUACCCCUGCACACAGGGGCAGCCAGGUGCAACCUCCAGGUCACCAACUGCCAUUCCUGUCCUCAGCAUCAUCACCAUCUGGAGCAGCAUGGGGUCCCCCAACAGCUUUUGAUAUGCUGAAAAGCAUCUGGCUCAUAGCCACACCACCCCCGCCCCCGCCCCAGCCCUGGGAUGUCCGCCCACCUCAGCCCCUACCACAGCCACCAUCACCCUUGUUACCCAGAACAUCUGCCUUGGACUGGAGCCCCAACCCUCCUGCCCCACUGCCCAGUCUCUCCUGGGUAGUAACUCAGAGCAGUCCAGAGGCUUGGUCCUUCCCCCCAAUGAGACUGUACUGAGGAGACUAAGUAGGGCUGGGGGGCAGGUAUCCCGCACUCCCAGUCACCUCAAUAAAACAUCUUCUUUGUACUCUUGA